AUGGCUGAUCCCGAGGCCAUCGCCCCUGAAGAUGAGCUUCUCCUCCAUACCAAACACACUCUACCACACAACGUGAAACGCUACUGGCAAAAACGGUACCUGCUCUUCUCUCGUUUCGAUGAGGGCGUGUAUAUGCUGCUGGAGCUCUGGUACUCGGUAACCCCCGAGGCCGUGGCCCAGUUCACCGCUAAGCUUAUAUCUGAGCUUCUAGGAGGUCGUGGAGUUAUUGUCGACGUCUGCUGUGGCGGCGGUGGCAAUACUAUCCAGUUUGCCCGCUAUUUUGACCGCGUGGUGGCGAUUGAUGUUAAUCCCGUCAAUAUCACGUGUACUGCUCACAAUUGUCAGGUGUACGGUGUUGCUGAUAAAGUGGAAUUGGUCACAGGCGACUGGUUCCAGCUUAGUCAACAGAAACUCGUUGGAAAUGAUGGAAAUGUCUCAUUUAUGUUCUGUCUGCCGCCAUGGGGAGGCACCGAGUAUACCCGCACGGAAAACGGGUUUGACGUGGACAAAAUGACUCCGUUCCAGCUUCCGUGGCUUGUGGAUAGUUUGCUUAGCCAUGCUCUGAGCUGUGGCGUGUUUUUACCUCGAAACAGCAAUAUGGCCCAACUCGAACAAUUGCUGGUGAAAUAUAACCUGAGAGUGGUCUACCUCUACUUGGAUAACCACUGUGUUGGUCUCCUAGCGUUGUACGGCGAGAUUUGUGAGUUUGAGUGGGACUACAAUGAUGCUUUUUUGGAAAGUGAAGAGUACGAAGAGGGCGAGGAAAAUGAUGCUAAUGGAGAGGAAAAUGGCGAUAAUGGUAACUACUCCAAAUUAAGCUACUAA